AUUCUAAUUUAUUAGUCGUGCGAACACCAUCUACAUUGUUACAAUAACAUGCUGUGCUUGGCACGACUCUUGUCAAAGUAUCUGAAUUAAAUCAAAAUAUUUUGAUCUAUGAGCUAACACAAAUGAUUCAUAUGAAUUAUCAGUCGACACGUGAUAUAUGAAGUAGCAGCCACGGAAGUCCAAUUCUAAGGUGGAGAUGAGGGCUCAGCAGGUGCCCGAUUGCACCUUGCUAUUAUCAUAAAAUGAAAGAAAAGAUGGGCCAAUUGGCAAAAUUGGUCCAAGCAACCCAUAACGGAUAGUUGGGCCACUGGAAGAAAGUGGUUGGUUGAGGUGUCCAAAUCAGAUUCCCAAAAACCACAAAAAAGAACCCUAGUACGUGUACGACAACGCUGUUUAAGAGAUCUGGAGCUUUGUAGAUACAGCCUGGCUUUGAUAACAUCAAAUUGUUGUUGAUGGGUGUUUGGUUCCAGCACAUCAGCACAUGCUCAAAAUAUCCUAAACCAAUACAUGAACAACCCAUCAAUGGGUGGUUAGUUGCAUUUUCAUGUGUAUGGUCCCUCUCUAUCUAAUCUUCCUUUUCUUCAAAUCAUGGUUUGUUUUUAGCUGGAAAUGGGAGAGGGAAAGAAUAUAUUCAUCUUUUUUUAUAUUUCUGAACAUUUGAACCUGAUUUAGGCCAACCAGAUUAUCAAUUACUAUAUAUAUAUUUUCAUGAUAUAGUUGCAAUCAAUUUGAAUUCCUCCUUUUUUUGGUUUAAUCAGCCAACUUUCCUUUGAUUGCAAUGCUUGAAUUAGGAAUUUGAGGCAAUUGAUAAUGACAAGUCCUUUGGAUUUUAGUUAAAUGCACACACAUUGUCACAUGUCUCGUCUAAAAAAAAGUUGAAAUUUCUAAUCACCAUUACAAGCCAAAGAUUUUCUUGAGGGGCCAAAUUCUUUGAGGAAGAAAAAGGAAAUAAUUGUGGUUGCAACUUGAUAAACAAGAAUUGUUCAAUGACGUUCACGACAAUAUACAGUUAAUGAUUGCGGGAAAAAGACGGCAAAAAGCAUUUGAUCAACAAACCCUAAUGGCAUAAUUUUCCCACAGUUGGACUAAAAAAGAAAAACUAGCCCUUUGGUUUGGAAAAGACAAGAAAAUUUCAGUGUGGAAAUGGUGUUGCGUGUCAAUCCAUUUGUAUCUAUGGAUGAAACAUGGGUGUCAAAAUUUCAGCCUCAGCGCUCAGCCAAAGGGCUGGAAACUAAUGAAAGUUGUCUUUUACAUAAGAAAUUGGUUUUAGUUCAAUUAUACACAAUCAUUGAAGAAAAAUGAGAGAGGAGAGAUGGCAAGUAAAGCAAUCAAAAAGUGGAUAUCGAUAACUGUGAUAAUUAUUGGGGAGCUUUACUGUUGGUUUAAAUUUUUACUAGCCGGUUGGCACCACAAAAUUCCUAUUGGCUUUUUACAACGUUUGGCAAUGUUCUAUUUCUUACAGUGAAACAUUGCAAUGAACUUUGCAAACACAAACAAGGAAUAUUUAUCUGUUUCCCAAAGUGCAUGAACGCAGUGUUGAUUGGCCCAAAAUGAAAGCUCUGGCUUUCUGCAUAAAAUAUGGGCUAUAGUUUGCACCAAUCUCCACUACCUGAUCAGUGGCUUAUUGUCAAGCUGAAGCCCACUUCUGUAUUUAUGUUAUGGCCCCUGGCCCUGCUAUGGUCCAGCCGAAGGGCCUUUGAACUCCUGAAUAGGGUAGGGUUUAAGCUAGAACCAAAAUAAUGGAGUUUUUCUUCUACCUCUGGUUCACAAAAAUAUCAUUUUAUAGCUUAACUCGUUUUUUUUUGCCUGAAAGUUAUGAACUUUUAAACACUGAGCUCUAAAUUCAAAUUCCAUUUCUUUCUAUAAAACCUUAAAAUCAUGUACUUCUUUAACAGGAUUGCCAAAUCCUUUACAAGGCCAACGAUCAACACAAUUCACUCAAAAUUGGGUCAAUCCCACUUGAAUCCUACUGCCCUUUUCAAAAACUUCUCCACUAAACCCCCCCAAAAGGACAAAGAUGACUCUUGGAAUGAUGCCUGGGAAACAGCUUGGCUCCCUGAUGACAUUUCCCCCAAGAACAGAGCUCCUUGGGAAGCUGACGUUAACUUCCCUUCUUCUGAAGAGUCAACAAGAACGGUGCUUUCAGCGGAUGUUGAUGCAGAAACCAAGGCGUUCGUUGAAGACAUGAAUGAGAAUUGGAAUGAGAGACGAAAGUCACCUAAACAGAAGCAGAAAGAGGAAGCUGAAAAGGAGAGGAAAGGAGAGGGUGGUGGAUUGUAUAGUUUGGAGAAUAUGAAGAAAGAUUAUAGGUUGAAGAAACAGAGAAUCCAUGCUGGGUUGUGGAUGAAGGAGAUUGAUAAGUUGGAGGAAGCUAAGUUGGGGGAUUCUACUGAUGAUAUUGAUAAAUUGCUUGAUAGCUGCUCUGAGAUUUUUGACUCUGCCAAUGCUGACUUGGAGAAUUCAAAAAUUCCAAGCUCUUCUGAGUUGAAAAAUAAGCCUGAUGGUUGGGAAACAACAUCAAGAGCACCUGAUGGAAAUGUGUGGGAAAUGUCACAGAGGGAAGAAGACAUUCUCCUCCAAGAAUUUGAUCGCCGAAUUGCUUACUGUAAAUUCCAGAUAGCUAGUUUUAUUAAGACUCACAUAUUUAGCCGGAGGAGACCUAUCGAUGGGUGGAAAUACAUGAUAGAGGAGAUAGGGCCUAAUGCGAGGAAAGGCAAGGGCAGUGUUUCAAGGUUGCCAAGUUUGUCAGAUGCAUCAACACAACCUUUUAAGGAGGAAAAGUUACAAAUUGGAAGCAGUGUGGCCCGCUUGAAGGGGAGGUAGUUUGGUUCCCGCCUGCCCCAAAAACAUUCAAAGAUCAUUACAUGUUCUUGGCUAGUGAUUGUAAGAGAUUGUUGCAUCAAGCAUCUUCAAUGUGAAAAUACUUUCUUUGCUACAUGAGAUUUUGUAACUGAGCUCCAAAAGGAAAGAUGAAUGUGUGAACUCUGUUUUAAGCACCAAGUUUAACUGAUGCAUAUAGUAAUUUUGUAACGAAUUAAUGAAGAAUAUUGCUUUCAUAUUCAUAUAAUUCUAAAUACUAUGACAGGGUGAUGAAAAGUUUAGCAGAGUUCGGUUAUGUAAUGUUAUCAUAGUUUUUGAGGCAAGAUGAUGAUGGGCCCAUAAGAUGGAGUUCUUUAAUGAAAAAAA